CGCUAGUGUUUCUCAGCUGGUAAGCAAGCAUGGGGUCUUUAACGUUGAGCUUCCCUACUGUUUACAUACUAUGGGUUUCUAGUUAUAUGGUUAUAUUAGUUUUGUGUUCUGUCAAGUGAUGUAGUUUACGUUUUUGUUACAUUUUUGUUAACGUGCUGCACAUCUGCUUGGCUAGCAGGAAAAAUACUUGAUUAAAAAGGUCAGUAAGGAGCUGGGGAACAGUGGAGUAGUGGCGUACUUUCAAACUCCUAAACUAAAAAUGAAUCUGAACUUACUAUCUGUUUCAUUAGAAGUAUCUGAAGAAGAGAAAAAGCUAUAUGAUGAGUUCUGGGCCCUUUAUGCUCCUAGGAACGCCCAGAUCUUCACACAACUUGCUUUGAUCGAUGAAAAAACACAAAAAUGCUCUAUUCAUGGAUACAUAGUAAAAAUAACGAGGGCGAACCAGUGUUUUCAACACUGUAUUGGAUCUACUGUGCAUAUUGUAGAUGAUUCGAUGCCAUUUGGGAGUUAUUUUCUUGUGCAUCUUUUUGCUACCUGUGAAGAAAAUCCUAUUCCACCAGAAAUCCACAAUAUUAUAAGAAUAAUUGACAUGAUUGUUUAUGUAGGAAAAAAAUCAAAGAAACCUUUUGGAUUUGCAACCUCAAAGGCAAAUGUCUCUUUGUUUUUAAUGAUUGGUGCCACAUUAGUGAUGCGUAAAACCCAAACAGAAGUUGUUCGAGUUGCAGGUUGUGAUAAAUAUAUACGGAACAUUAUGAGAGUAAAUCGAGAAAAGGAAAUUCGCAAUCUGAACCAUAUAAAAUGUACAGGAUUCUUCAAAUUUUACGGUGAGGUAUCUGCAUUUAGUUUUUGUGGGGAAUAUUCUUUUGUUCGUGUUCAUUGUGGAUUUCGUCUCCAUCAUACCAUUGUCAUUAAACUUUUAAAUUUAACCCCAUCCUUUAAGAACUUGAAAGUGGGGGAUCAUGUAAAAUUCAGUAGAGUCAGAGCUGAGAAGAUGCCUCAAGGCGAUUUUUCUUUUGUUGUGGACUGCAAUUGCUGCCAUGUAGAGAAGCUAAAUUAACGAGCGCGUGCGGUCCCGGGUCCAUCCCUGGCUGAGAUUUCGACUGCACGGGAGAACGAUCGAGCGCCGAAUGUGCGCGAAGAGCGUCGCACCCUCGCCGCGGAAUCUGCUCGUUUCGUGACCGCCAGGAGCCCGGACCCUGGCAACAACGAAGACGCUCGUGGGAGCGCUGUGUGAGCGCCGGCCUUCGGCCACCGGCAGCCUGGGCGGCAAGUUCGCUGCGCCGUUUACCCUACUCCCGACCGGAGCGCGACGUUAAAGGCAGACACCCGAGGCCAGAACCCCGCCGCAGUACACGCGCUUCUCCUGCCCCGAGGACCCACCUCUGGAGUGAACUCUGAGGAAUCUCCAAGAAGCUUCACUGCAUUCCUCUGUCACUUGUCAAAAUUGUAUACUAGAUACAGAGGAAGGCUGAGAGUUGUAUACAUGGUAAAUCUAAAUUUUUGCCAGGUAUGGCAAUCUGAUUAUAUGCCCUUUUGAAGAAUUGUAUAUAAUUUAAGUUAAUAAACUCAUCA